AUGCAAAAGUUAAUAAACAAAAAGAAUACUAGAAUACAGUCAUUAAAAAAAAAGAAUCUUAACAAAUUACAAAUGAAUAAAAAUUUAUUUCAAACUACAGUGAACAAUAAUUUUAUUUUAAAAAACCAGUUAAAACUAGCUAAUAUAAACAAAUAUGGUCUUAGAUAUAAGGAAAAUCAAAAAUCAUUUGCACUUGCAUUAUAUUAUAAUUCCCCUAAGGCAUUUAAUUUCAUGCGCAAGUAUUUAUGUCUUCCAACACUGAGAUCACUUAGAAAUUGGCUACAAUCAAUAGAUGUUUCUUGUGGGGUAAACUCAAAUGUUCUUGAUGUUUUAAAAAUAAAGUUUAAGGAUGUUCCACCGAGUGAAAAGCUAAUAUCAAUUAUAAUGGAUGAGAUGUCACUAAAAAAAUUGAUUUCUUAUAACUCUCAAAAUGAUCAAUUUAGUGGUUAUGAAGACUUUGGUCCAGAUCAUGAGUUUGUUGAUAUGACAAUGAAUCGCAUCUGUGACCAAGUAUUAGUUGUUAUGAUUAAAGGUAUAGUUAAACCUUGGAAACAAAUACUUGGAUAUUUAUUUUCUAAAGGACCAGUAUCUGGCUUUAGACUUAAAAACAUUAUGACUGAUGUUAUCAAUAAGGUUAAAUAUGCUGGUUUUAUUCCAAAUGUGACCAAGGUACCAAUAAUAUUGGUAUGA